AACAGGAGACGGGGCGGGGAGAGGCGCACGGUCUGUCCGCUGUCCGGACGGCACAGCAGAGGAACGGGAAAGAAAGAAACUGUAACAAAGGAAAGAGCUGAAGGAAACCUAUCAUCAGAGUAUUAAACGGCUCAGCCAAAAUGAGCAUGUACGGGUCCACGUCCAAGCUGGCCACCAUGGGUCAGAGGAGCAACUCCCGGCCGGAUCUGUCGAGCUUCAGGAGCAGCAACGACGUGUUCGUCGGUGGGAACGGCUUCCAGGGGGAGUACGCGAUGGGGGACGGCGGCGGCGGUGGCGGCGGAUACACCUACACCACCUUCUCCCGGACCUCCAUGCACGGCGGGGGGAUGCCUCCGCAAAAGGCGCACAGUGUGAUCGGAGGAGGAGGAGGAGGAGGAGGCGGCGGCGGCGGAAUGAGCGCCAUGGCCAUCCAGCAGAAAGCGUCAGUCCUCACAAACCAGUGUCAGGAUUUUCUGCAGAGAGCCAAAAUGAUUUCCCAGAGUGGCGGCCCGGCUGUGGAGGCUGAGCGGAUGCUGAUGAUGAGCGCGGAGACCAUCGAGCAGCUGAAGGUCUGCGGCAGAGAGCUGCAGCUGAUGCGCGUGCCCAGCGAGGUUUUCAGAAACGUCGAGCAGCUGCAGCACAUGCAUGCCGGUCUCCAACAGCAACUCAUGGGCACCGUGACCCUGAGGCGCAACAGGAGCAGCGUGGGCUCGCUGGACGGAGGGAGGGUCUUCAAUGACGCCAUGGGCUGGAUCUCCCAGCAGAAGCGUAUGAUCGAGACGGCUCCGUGGGGCGACGACACCGAAACCAUCGAGAAGCAGCUCUUCAACCACAACAAAUACCACAGCUCCAUCUCCAGGAGCUCGGAGGUGGACCGGGCCCGAGACGAGCUGAACGGCCGCGGCGACAAGUACAACCUGUCCAUCCUGGACCAGGAGUUUGACAGCCUGCAGAAAAUGUCCCACCAGCGCACGGGCCAGCUGAGGGACCUGCAGACCAUCAUCGAGGAGAUCUUCAGAGCCAUCAUGUGGGUGAACGAGAAGGAGGAGGAGGAGCUGGUGUUCGACUGGGGCGACAAAAACAUCGACCAGUACAUCCCCCGCAAGCAGGAGGCCUACUCUAGGCUGAUGAGAGACCUGGAGGAGAAGGAGAAAGACCUGAACAAGCUGAAGGUGAAAGCAGACGGCCUCCUGAACAACAACCACCCCGCUUCAGACAAGAUCGAGGCCUACAUGGACACGUUGCAGACGCAGUGGAGCUGGCUCCUCCAGAUCACCAAAUGCAUCCACGUGCAUUUAAAGGAGAAUGCCGCCUACAGCCAGUUCUUCAAGGAAGCCAACGAGACGUACGCCAAGCUGCAGAAGCAGCACGAAACCAUCCGCAACAAAUUCACCUGUGACAAAAACACUCCUCUGGAGAGCCUGAGCGACCUGCUGAAGAACCUGGAGAAAGAGAAAGCCCGUAUCGUGGAGAACAAGAGGCAGGUGCAGAGCCUGGUCAACAAGUCAAAGUCCAUCGUCAGGCUGAAGCCUCGUAACCCCGAGGAGAAGAGCACCAGCCCGGUCAUAGUCCAGGCGUUAUGUGACUUCAAACAAGACCAGAAAGGCAUAUUCAAAGGGAACGAGGGGAUCCUGAAGGAUAACUCUCAGCGCAGCAAGUGGCUGGUGACGGGACCUGGAGGUCUGGACAUGAUGAUCCCCUCGGUCUGUCUGCUCAUCCCCCCUCCGAACCCGCUCAGCAUCGGCCUCGCUAACAAGAACGAGCAGUAUUACGACGCCAUCAUGGCCAUCUGGAAUCAGCUCUACAUCAACAUCAAGAGUCUCAUCUCCUGGCAGUACUGCGUCAAAGACAUCAACUACAUCAACUCGCUCACCCUCAGCAUGCUGUCCAACAUGCGUCCUGAAGAGUACCGCAGCAUCAUGAAGAGGCUGGAGACUCACUAUCAGGAGUUCCUGCGCACCAGUCAGGGCUCCGAGAUGUUCGGGGAAGAUGACAGGAGAACCAUUCAGGGCCAUGUAGACCAGGCCCAGAACCACUACGACACGCUGAUCGUUCAGUUACCUUCUUACACAACCACCACCACAGUGACUGAAACCGACAUAACGGAAAAAAAGUCGGACUCCAGCACCAAGACGUCCAAACCCCAGAAGACCACUGUUCCCAAAGUCACAGUUCCACCGCCCACUUCCACCCUCAGCCUCACUCUGCUCAGCAGCCUGCAGGAGAUCCGGCGCAGGCUGGAGCUGGCCGAGUCCGGCCUCACCAGACACCUCCAUCUGCCCCUGGGGGAAAACAGCCUGCACGAGUGCUCCGUGCACAUCCAGAAUCUGCAGGAUGUGCACCAAGAUCUGGACUCUAUUCAUGAUGAGUACCUGCGUCUGAGAGAGAAGAUCAUCAAGCAGCUUGAGGGGAUUCCUCCAGACUCCGAGCAAGCCAGGUUUCUCCGCGCUGAGCUGGAGAUCAUCAACCAGAAGCUGGGCGGUCUGCAGGGUCUCUACUCAGCCUACAUUCAGAGGCUGUCGGCUCUUAAAGGCUUGCUCCAAAGCCUCAUGCAGGCCGAGGACAUCAUCAAGGUCCACGAGGCCCGGCUGACCGAGAAAGAGACCAGCUCACUGGACCUGCGAGAAGUGGAAAAUUACCGGAGCGUGCUCAAGCAAAUGAAGAGCGAGCUGGAGCUGAAAAGAGACCUGCUGACAAACAUGGAAUCGGAGCUGUCCAAAGCCGUUCACUGGAAUGGACAGAUCUCGGACUCUUUCCACAAGUGCGACAUUGAUCUGAACAAGUGCUCAGACAUGGUGAACCAGCUGUCUGACCGCUGGCGCCGCAUCCAAACUCAGAUCGACAGCAGAGUGUGGGACUUGGAGAAGCAGGAAAAGCAGCUGUUGCACUAUCAGAAGGGCAGCGUUUCCCUGGAUGAGUGGAUAGACAAUGCCAGGAAGCGCCAGGACACGCUUCAGGCGGCGAAGCUCGGUGACAUCCAGACCCUCAUGGACCACCUCAACCAACAGAAGGCUCUUCACACUGAAAUCAAAGGGAAAAAGGAGAAAGUGGAGGAUGUGCAGAAAAAUGCAGACACCUGUGCCGGGUCCAUAAAGGACUACGAGAUGCAGCUGGCCGCCUACAGUUCAGGCCUGGAGACGCUGCUUAAUAUUCCCAUCAAGAGAACGAUGCUGCAGUCCCCUGCUUCUGUGGUCAGACAAGAGGCGACUGAUCUGCAGACCCGCUACAUCGAGCUUCUCACCCGCUCCAGCGACUACUAUAAGUUUCUGGGGGAGUUGCUGAAGAACAUGGAAGAGCUGAAGAUGAGAAACACUAAGAUUGAGAUGCUCGAAGAGGAACUGAGGCGUCUGAAGGAGGAACUGCAAGAUCGCGGUCUCAAAAAUAGGUCCCUGGAGGACGAACUGGGCCGCUACAAGCUGGAGCUCUCUCAGUUCAAAGACCAACUCAUUACAGUCGAAGAAGUGAAGAGGACCACAGCAAUGCAAGCCAGUGCUGCCAAGGAGAGCCUAGAAAGCACACACGGCCAGCUUCAAGACCUGAAUGACCAACUGACCCGCAUCAAAUACCAGCUGGAAGAGGAAAAGAGGAAAAGAAGACUGGCCGAGGAGCGCUACAACAGCCAGCAGGAAGAGUAUGAGGCGGCCGUUCGCCGCAGACAGAAAGAACUGGAGGAGCUCAACUGGUCCAAGAUUGACUUAGAGAAGGUCGUGAAGGACAAGGAGCGUGAGCUGGAGAGGCUGAAGUUACAGCUAGAGGAGGAGGCGGGGCGUCGAAGAAAUGCAGAGUCAGAUAUCUCAAAGGUAAGAGCACAGUUCACCCAGGAGAUUACUCAGCUUAAACAGACACACGAGACAGAGAUCCACGUCUCCAAGACCACCAUCCUGAAAGCGUCGCAGCAACGAGAAGGGGACGUGAACGAGCUGAGGCUGCAGCUCGACCGACUCGCAGCUGAGAAGAAGGACCUGGAGGAUGAGCUGAGGAGGCUGAGGCAGUCCAUCAGUCACACGGAGGAGCAGCGGAGCCGGGCCGAGGAGGAGGCCAACCAGCAGAGGGCCUCGGUGGUGAAGGAGACCAGGGUGCGCACUGAGCUGGAGGUGCAGCUCAGAUCGCUCGUGCAGCAGAGAGAAGAGAGUGACCUCAGCUUAAAAGACGCCAAUAAAAGCAAUCAGGAGAAGGCUAGGCAGAUUAGUGUCCUCACAUUCAACCUGGAGGAAGAAGGGAAGAAGAGGAGAGCUCUGGAGCUGGAAAUCAAUCAUCUGAAACAGGCUGAAGCAGAGCUGAAGGCAAAGAACGCCUCCUAUCUGGAAACAGUUAACAGGCUCAAAGUCUCCGAGCAGGAGAUGCGCAUCACCCGAGUGGAGCUGGAAAAGCAGACCAGUGAGAAAUCCAAGGCCGAGCAGAGUUCUGCCAGGAUGCAGAGCCGCAUCCGGGACCUGGAGAGCGCCCUGGACCAGGCGGAGGCUGAGUUAGAGAAGCAAAAGAAGGCGGCGCAGGAGGACUUCACUCGCAGGAAGCGUCUGGAGGCUGAGCUGGAGAGGCUAACGAUCACCUGUAGGGAACACACCACCACUAUCAGUUCACUGAAAUCCAUCCAGCUCGAGGCCAGCAACUCCGGGAGGAAGUAUGAGCAGGACCUCAGGGCUCUCCAGGAGGCACUGGACAAAAGUCUGAGAGAACACAAAGCGACUAAAGAUGAGCUGGCAGCGUUGAUGGCGGAGCUGAAAGCACUCAAACAGAAACUGCAACAGAAAGAAAUACAAAUUCAAGAACUCAACCAGCGCAAUGAAAGCCUGUACAAGACCAUCGAAGAGAAGAGCCGCCAGCUGAACGAAUACACCACAGAGAUCGAGAAGCUGCAGGGUCUGACUCAAAACCUAACAAAGGAGAGGCUGAAGCUGGAGGAGGAGCUGAGGGGAGUAAGACAGGAAAGGGAUGAUCUGAAGCUUAGCAGAGACGCCAUGGAUGGAGAGAGUGCCACUCAGAUCGCCGCUUUGCACGUCCAGCUUCAGAGUAGCACCAAGAGGACGAUCGAGCUGCAGGCUCUCAUCAAUGACCUGACCAAGGAGAGGGAAAAGCUUAAAUUGGAAAUAGACAAAUUCCAAAAGCAGUCACUCGAGACGUCAAUGAUGGUGCACGAGUCCCAAAGUCAAUACAAUGAGAUAGUGAUGGAAAGAGAUAGUUUGCUGUCCAGGCUCAAACUACUGGAGCAAGAGAAGAGUCGAUACCAGCGACUGGAAGAGGAGCUCAAUCGCAUCAAGGUGACACUAGACACCGAGCUCCGCAACAAACAGCGCCUGCUCGAUGAAAAAAAUUCAGUCCUCAAGGAGUUCAACCUCAUCAAGAGCCAGUACGACAUCAAAGACGGACAGAUCAGGCAGUGUGAGUCAGAAAGGGACAGGAUUGACCGGGAGAGGCUUUCCUUGAAGAACGAGAUUGAGAGGCUCAUGAGGGAACUCAAGACAGUCGACGAGAGGUACAAGAGCCGUCUGACUGUGGCCGAGAAGGAGGCACUGGAGCUGGCUCACAUCAGAGAUUCACUGGAGAGGGAGAUACAGAGGCUAAAGCAGAGACCCAGCACUCUCACUAGGCAAACUCAGACAGAUGAGAAAGUCCCCACAAUUGACCCGUCCAAACUCCUGUUUGAUGGGGUACGCCACAAAGUGACAGCCCACCAGCUCUGUGACUGUGGGAUCAUCAGUAAAUCUACACUGGAGGAUCUUCUCAAGGGGAGAAAGACUGUGACCGAGGUCUCACAGGACAUUCAGCUCCAUCUGAAGGGUACCGGAGUUAUUGCUGGAAUGACUUCACCCGGCCAAGGUAAGAUGCCCUUCACUGAAGCAAAGAACAGGAAUCUCAUCAAGCCAGAGAGCGCCCUCAUGCUCCUUGAAGCUCAAGCAGCAACAGGUCACAUAAUUGACCCCACAUACUAUGAGAAGAUGCCUGUGGACACUGCAUGUUCCAGAGGAAUUGUAGACACAGAAGACAGAGACACACUGGUGACAGCUGAAGCAGCUAGCACAGGCUUCAAAGAUCCAUACAGCGGCAAAGUGCUUUCUGUGGGUCAGGCUUGCAAACUCGGCCGCGUGAGCAAAGACACGGCCCUGCGUUUGCUGCAAGCUCAAGAAUCUGUUGGAGGCAUUUUGGAUCCGGCUCUGAGUGUGUUCCUUCCUAAAGAUCUGGCCUUGGACCGCAAGCUCAUCGAUGAGGAUCUUUACUGGGCUCUGAACAAAAAACCUGCCUGCUACCUGGAUCCAGUAUCAGGAGAGAAGAUAAGUUACCAAGACCUUCGCAAGCAGAGCGUAGCGGAGCCUGUGUCAGGUUUACUUUUGCUCCGUGGUCCAGAAAAGCCCCUGACAUUUAAGGGUCUACGUGGAGAGGUCACUGUCGAUGAACUCAUUGAGUCUGAGCUGCUGGAUAAAACUGACCUGGACAAGCUGAACCAGGGCAAAAUCACAAGCAAAGAAAUUGAAGACAAACUGAAGUCCUAUCUCUAUGGAUCCACCUGCAUUGCAGGGAUCUAUGAUGAGGCCAAAGACAGAAUAAUGCCUUUCUAUCAGGCAAUGAAGAGUGGUCUGCUCAUGAGAGGGACCACCCUGGAGCUACUGGAAGCCCAAGCUGCUUCCGGCUUCAUUGUGGACCCAGUCAACAAUGUCUUCUUGACAGUGGAGGAAGCUUCAAAGAGAGGCCUGAUAGGAAAUGAGUUUAAGGCUAAGUUGAUGUCUGCAGAGAAAGCAGUGACAGGAUACACUGAUCCUUCCACAGGAAAAGUAAUCUCCCUCUUCCAGGCCAUUGAGAAAGAUCUUAUUGAGAAAGGUCACGGGAUCCGAUUGCUUGAAGCCCAGAUUGCCAGUGGAGGCAUUAUUGACCCCAAGGAGAGCCACCGUAUUGACGUCUCCGUUGCCUAUAAAAGGGGAUAUUUUGAUGAGGAAAUGAAUGAGAUCUUAACCUAUGAAGGGGAUGACACAAAAGGCUUCUUUGACCCCAAUACAAAGGAGAACCUGACCUAUCUGCAGCUGAAGGACAGGUGUAUAACAGACAGCAAGACAGGCCUGAUACUUCUGCCCCUGAGAGACAAGAGUAAGCCCCAGACCUAUUCAUCAGAGAGCCGCACCAACGUCCUCCGGAAGAGGCGGGUGGUGAUUGUUGAUCCAGACACUGGACUGGAGAUGUCCGUAAGGGAGGCAUAUCACAAAGAGCUGAUCGACUAUGACACAUUCCUUGACUUGUCGGAGCAGGAGUGCGAGUGGGAGGAGAUCACAAUUACGGGAUCUGACGGCGCUGCACGAUUGGUGAUCGUGGAUAGGAAAACUGGAACUCAGUAUGACAUUCAGGACUGCAUUGAUCGUGGGGUAAUUGACAAGAAAUCUUUCGAUCAGUAUCGCUCUGGAACAGUGUCCCUGACCCAGUUUGCUGACAUGAUCACCAGCCACACCAACAGCAGUGAGAUGAACAUUGCAGCCAGCAAUGUUGAUGACGUGAUGACAUGUAGUAGCCCCACCCAGGCAGCACCAUCCUCUCCUACUGUCCGUAAACGCUUCAACAGCAUCUCCAUCACAGUCUCCCCCCCAGAGAUGUUCGAUGACCAGAGCCCUGUGGGGGCCAUCUUUGACACAGAAACUUUGGAGAAGAUAACCAUUAAUGAAGGGCUCAGAAGAGGCAUCGUUGACACCAUCACAGCACAAAGGCUGCUGGAGGCCCAGGCAUGCACUGGUGGGAUCAUCAACCCAGCCACUGGCGAGAGGUUGUCACUGCAGGACGCUGUCCAUCAAAGCGUCAUUGACGACAACCUAGCCAGCAAGCUGAAACCCGCCCAGAAAGCUUAUGUUGGUUUUGAGGAUGUGAAGACGAAGAGGAAGAUGUCUGCCGCAGAGGCAGUGAAGGAGACGUGGCUACCUUAUGAGGCCGGUCAGAGAUUUUUGGAAUUUCAGUACGUUACAGGAGGCCUGGUGAACCCCGACAACGGCCGCCGCAUCGGCAUUGAAGAGGCGAUCCGCAGAGGCUGGCUGGACGGCAAAGCGGCCCAAAAGCUCCAGGAUCCCCGUAACCACCAGAAGAACCUGACGUGUCCCAAGACCAAACUGAAGAUCUCCUACAAACAGGCCAUGGACAGCUGCAUGGUGGAGGAGAGCAACGGCAUGAAGAUGCUACAGGCCUCCUCCGUUUCCUCCAAAGGAAUCAGCAGUCCUUACAACGUCUCCAACCCGGGCUCGCGCUCUGGAUCCAGGGCCGGAUCCAGGACCGGAUCUCGCAGAGGCAGUGUAGAUUACUCCACCUCCACCUCCACCUUCAGCUACAGCUUCUCCUCCAGCAGUGGCACCUAUUAGUUAGUAUUCCAAUGCUAAUACACAGCGCAGAAUCACACUAUUGAUAUCACUUUCUGUGCAGUUUGACCUUUUUUAACAUUCUUUGUUAAUGCCAUUUAGAAGAUUUUGGAGGGUUUCUUUGUUUUUAAACUUAAUCUAAAUGCAAUUUAUUAUGAUUCAGUGUUUCAGUAAAAUGUAAAUCGAAAGUUGAAUUCAUUCAAACUCAUGAUGUAACACAUGAUUAUAUUUGUCAUUGUUCAAAGUCAAAAAAUCUGUAAAAUAAUACGAGUUUAACAGAAAGAGGUUAAAAUGUAUAUCUGGAUCAGUCAAGCAUUCACACUUAUUCUGUCUGAAUUGAUUUAAUGGGUAGUACAGCCUCAUGUUAGUCACAUAAUUGAGUUAUUUUUUGUUCCUGUGUUAUGCAGCUUGAUUUUUUUGUGUGUGUUUUUUUUUUUUUUUUACAGAUUUUUAAUGAUGGUUUGCUGAGGUAUAGCUUGACUAUAAGAUUGCUUUGCCAAUAAAUUGUUACUCUUGUGUGAUUUCAAAUAAAGUUUUAAUAA